GGCUGAGUCUCGCGGAGCUCUGGCCAGCGUGCGUCACAAGAGCUGGAAGAGUCAGGCCGGUUGCGCGUGAUCGAAGGGCGAUAGGUAGCGACGAUGGAGAUCGAGCGGCCAGUGGCGCAGCAGCAGAACAUUGAUUUAAUUGACAUCCUGUGGAGGCAGGACAUAGAUCUCGGUGUUGUUCGUGAAGAUUUUGAUUAUAACUACAGACAAAAGGAAUAUGAGCUAGAGAAGCAGAAGAAACUUGAGAAGGAAAAGCAGGAACAGUUGCAGAAAGAACAAGAGAAGGCUUUACUGGCACACCUGCAGCUAGAUGAAGAAACGGGUGAAUUUGUUGCCAUUCGGCCAGCCAAGCACAGUGAACCUGAAAUCUCAGGAGGAAUUACAGAGCCUACACAGACUGUAAAGACGACGGAGAGAGAUGAUGGAGCUUUGUCAUUUGAUGAAUGUAUGCAGCUUCUUGCAGAGUCAUUUCCAUUUGUAAAUGAUAUAGAGUCUCGUCCAGUUGCCCUUGAACCUCCUGUUCCGGCCCGGACCAGUCCACAGCCAAUGUCUCCUCAUCAGGCACAGCAAGGAACUACUGCAAUCCUUCCAUCCACAGCACCUGAAUCAAACCCUCUGCAGGACUUGGAGCAAACCUGGCAAGAGCUGCUUUCAAUCCCAGAACUUCAGUGUUUGUACAUGCAGAAUGACGAUAUUACAAGUAUUGGAUCCACAGAAUAUUCUUCCAAAAGUAAAUCUUCUGAGAUGCAAAAUGACAGCUACAGCCUCAGUACAACUCUGUCAGCUGAUCAUGUGUCAGGCAGCAACACCAGUUUUCUCUCUCUCUUUGAUGGUCCAUAUGAGGAAGUAAUGCCAUCUGAAAGUCCCACACUUUUUCAGCCUAAAACAAAUCUGUCAGAUGGCAUGAACCUUUCAUUCAGCAAUAAUCAUUUCAGUGACCUGCUUUUCUCUACGUCUCUGAAUAUGCAGAGAAACAGCAACAUUUCCCAAAGUAACGAUAUGAAUGACUCACUCACUGGCAUUCUAGAUGAUUCUCUUCUUGAACAAAUCAAUAUCGCUCAGUUGGAGGUGAAUAAAGAUUUUGAUUGUAAUCAGCCACAAAAUUUGCCUGAGGUUCCGGAUUCUGACUCUGGCUUGUCUAUGGGCUCAAGCCCUGGUGGAUCCUCUCCAGGUAAUUCAAUGCAGUCAUCUGUUUGUGGAGAUGCUUCUAAUGGUUAUAGUGAUUCUGACACAGAUGACAUGGAAAGCUGUUCUAGGAGUGUUCAGCCUGAAUUUGGUGAAUUGUACCCAGUACAGUUUCAAAGUGACUGUAACUAUCAGGCACCCUCUCUUCACAGCCUUACAAAGUCAAAUGCUAGACAGAACCUUUACAACAAAGGACCAAAGGAUGACCUGCCAGUGAGUCCUGGGCACAAUAAAGUCCCAUUCACCAAAGAUAAGCAUUCAAAACGAUCGGAAGCUCGACUCUCCAGGGACGAGCAGAGGGCUAAAGCACUGAAUGUUCCUUUCUCUGUGAAAAAGAUUGUCAACCUUCCUGUUGAUGAUUUCAAUGAAAUGGUGUCCAAGUAUCAGCUCGGCGAGGCCCAGCUUGCUCUUAUCCGUGACAUCCGUCGCCGUGGCAAAAACAAGGUGGCUGCCCAGAAUUGCCGCAAGCGCAAACUAGAAAAUAUAUUGGGUCUUGAACAAGAUCUGGAUCUACUUAAAGAUGAGAAGGAGGAGCUUCUGCAAGAAAAGGGAGAACAUACCAAAAACCUCCUCCAGAUCAAGCAACAGUUGAACAAUCUAUAUCAUGAGGUCUUUAGUAUGCUACGAGAUGAAGAUGGAAAUUCGUAUUCUCCCAAUGAAUACUCAUUGCAGCAGACCAGUGAUGGCAGUGUAUUCCUUGUUCCCAGGAGCAAGAAACUUGAGAUAAAAAAAGAAUGAAAUGUCAAAAGAUCUGUUUUGUUGGACUUUUUUUAAAAUAAUAGAAAACUGAAACUCUUAUGAAUUGCAAGUUUGAGUUUUCCUUUUUCAUGUUAUUGAGUCUCCUAUGCAAAAGAAAACUAACUGAAGCUAUUUUUUAAAUUGCUAUUAGUGGCUUAGAGAUGAAACAAUGGCAAAGACUGCGAAUUGACUGUAAAUUCUCCUACAUUUUGCCAGUGCUUUUAUUUUGAUUAUUUCUCUAUUGCUUAUCACACCUUUUUUCUAUUAGUGUGCCUGUAUAGAUUUGUAAAUACUGCACAUUUUAUUUAUAUAUGCAGAUCUCAUUUGCUAUUAAAAUGAAAAUAUUUCAUAGAAUUAAAGAUUGUAUUUUAGUAAGCUAUGUCUCUUCUGUUGCAAGUACAGUACUUGUUUUAUAACCUUGUUAAAAAUGGAUAAAUGAGAGAAUUGAAAAUGUAUUAUGAUUUUUCAUUUUCUUUGCUUAGAAAAAAUAAAUAAAUGUAACUGUC